ACAGUUUGUAAUGUUGGCCAUUAUUUACGGAUUUUUGAGGCAUCAUAGAAGGUUUAUGAUAUGUUUGUAGAUAAAAUAAUUAACGAACAGUUAGUAGGUAGGUACCUCAACUACUUCACAUGUUUUAUAAAGGAGUUUAGUAGGUCAUAUGAAAGGCAUAGGCAACCAGCAAAAAAUUCCAAGUUCUGUCGGUAUCUGUGAUCUGAUGAAGUGAUACCCAUGUCGCAGGCGAAUUGUAAGAUUCCGCCUUUUACAAACGGCGUCGUCAUUUUACAAACAUGAAAUGUUAUGCAAAUUGUUAUUUAAUUUACCACGCGUGGCGCUGCACAGCAAAACAAUGAAAAUGCCUUGAUAUUUUAAUAUAAGUUGGUAAAACAGCAAACCAUGGUCACCCUUAGGCAACCAUCACGUCUGACGUUGAUACUACAUAGAGCGCACUACCAAUUUUCCUUCGGCAAUUUCAUAACGUUUCUAGUUUGUAAAAUGACGACGCCGUUGGUAAAAGGCGAAUUCUUACAAUUUGGCUGCGUCAUCCUUAUUAGAUGUAAUUUGCCAUAGGACAUAGGUAAUAGUCGUAAUAGAUCAACAUAAUAUAUUUUCAUAUGAAUAAAUAAAGCAAUCACUAUUAUAGGUUGUUAAUAGCUUCUCUUUGCCGAUGAGCCUAAUCAAACUUAGUCAUUACGUAUCAGGCAUUUUAGUUUAAAAGGUACUAUCAUAAAGACGCGUUAUAGUGAAAUAAAUACUAAUCCAAAUUCUUUUAAUAUGUCUGCAUUAGUCAAUAAUAUAAAUAUGUUCACAGCACGAGAUGUGCCCGGAAAGGAUACUUUGAACAACGGUGUUAUUAAAGUAUUUGCGCCAUUUCGUAUUGUCCAGAUAAUAUUAGGAUCGUGUCGAGUGAACAUACGCGACCAAGUAGUGACCGCUCCAACGGUUGUUCAAAAGUUAUACACCAUCACCUUGCUUAUUGCAUCGACUUUUCUUGGCAGAUCCUUGAUCGUUACCUAUUCAAAAAAUUAUUUUACCGAACCCCAAUUGACCUACAUAUACCUUAUAGGUUUAUCUAGCCUUCAUUUCACGUUCUGUCUUAGUGUACUACAUUGUCGAUUUAUCAACCGGGGAAAUGUUGAAUUGUACCAGAAAAUGCAAAAUAUUGAUCGAAUUAUGGAAAUAAAUUGGUCAAACGAUGUUAACUUAAGUAUGAGUCACUACAAGCAUAACCGCACAACAGUUUUUUCGUUGUUGUCAGUCUUUAGCGCAUUGAUUUGUAUCACUAUAUACUUGACCCACGGAAUUAUCGGAGUCCAUGAGAUACUUGGCAACAACUGGACUCUUGUUACUUUCAUUUUCGAAAUGGGUUGCUGUUCUAGUCACAUUAAAUUUUUCAUUGAUCGAAUGCAUCGUGUUAAUUCUAUCAUUAUCAACCAUUUGAAGUCGGAGCAAAUCGGAGGAAGGACAUUACUUGUACAAUCCAUUAAUAUAAGCAAUACGCGCCGCCACGAUUUUGAAUCGAGCGCGACAGACAUGUAUUUAAACGAGAUUUUGUCUACAUUUAUUUCCUUUCAAAACCAAUAUCGGUUUCAGGUACCUACAUAUUUUGUUAUCAAUAAAACUACGUGCUUAUCUCGGUUUAAAUUUAAAGUGACCGUACUAAUACCGUUAAACAAUUUUCAGAGAGCCCUGAUACUGGACUUUUUGAUCACGGCCACGAUGACUGUUUUACACGUCUGUAUGCUGCUGUUGCUCAGCAUCGGCAGCGAAAUGUUUCUGCGUGAAGUGAACAAUACAAAAAAACUCUCGAACUCUAUUCUGUCACGUUAUUUAGACGGGCCCUUGCGACAAAAAGCAAAGAAAAUGCUGAAUCUCAUAGAAAGCGACCCUCCCCGCUUCUGCGUAUACAAUAUGUGGAGCAUGGACGCGCGCCUCUUACUCAACAUGUUCGCCAUUAUAACUAAUGCUUUUGUCAUUAUCCUACAAUUUUCAUUUACGUGAAAUUAAUAAAAUAUAUUGAAUAUGGAAUUACUAAUUAUUUACUCUGACA